AAAAAAAAAACGGAGAAGAAAAAGGGGAAAUAAUGGUUUUCUCGCAAUAAUCCGGCAUUCCCCAAAAUCGCACGACGAUUUCCUUCUUCCCUCCUUUCUUUCGAUCCCUCCUUCCAAACCAAGCCCUAGAAAAUACAAAAACCAGAAGAACCUCUCUCUCUCUCUCUCUCUCUCUCUCUCUCUCUCCCCAAACCCUAAUCCCCAAAUCAUCCUCCUCUGUCUCUGAACCCUCGAAACCCUAAUUCCUACCCUUCUUCUUGAAACGCUAAUUCCUGCCUUCCUCUUGAAACCCUAUUCCCAAGGACUGUCGGAACUCUUCCUUCGCGCAUGAGGUAAGAAGAAAAUGCGAAUUCCUUCAACUCUAUCAUUCGUGGAUUGCGUUUGGUUCUUCAACUGCUUCAAACCAAUGCCAUUUCGAGUCUGAAUUGAGAAGAACGUGGAAAUUAGGGCAAUUUAGCUUCGAAAACCUCACUCCAUCUCUCCCUCUGCCUCUGUUUUGUAUGAAGAGGAAGAUAUUUCUUCUUCCGUUUUUUAUAGUUUCUGUUUGAACUGGAUUGGUUUCGGAAUGUAAUAUUUCUGUGAAUUGCGAUUCAUUUCGUUCCGGUUUUUACUACAAUUGCGGUUUCGUACUAUUAGGGUUUUUGCUUGCAUUAUUCAUUGCACUGAUAAUGGGAAGUGAAGUUCGGUAGCAAUUGUGAAUAGCAGUGGUGUGGACACUGACUUGCAUUUUCUUUGGAGCUGCUUGGUGUUGUGUCUGUCGAAGAUCCUAGCCGUCCGGUCUUGGGCCCUUCUCUAAUGUCGAAUGUGGACCAUUGCUGUAUUUUGUUUCUCAACUGCCUAUUUGGAGGACACCGAUUGAAGGGUUAGGAUGGUCCCACUGGGGCAAUUUUCGGGGAGAUGGUUCAUCUCUGUUGGGUCUACUAGAUCGGUGGUGUGGAUUGCCAAACCAUGGGCCCACCUGUAGGAACUCAAGGCUUGAGGACGGCAUACAUAUUCUCGGCUGAGGCGUGUAUCAUUUUGCUUGCCUCUCUACAGUACGCGGAUUCUUCAAAUAAAAAUUGGAGGAACUCUUGAUCAUACGAUGGGAGAUUGCUGUAGAGAUACCUAUUGAAGAGUAAGUAACGAAGAAAUGCAUGGACACAGCCCAGGGUCUGCUCUCUUAUUAAAUGCGGAGGUUGAUUCCAUGGGAGGAGUCAUUGAUGGAGUAGGCGUAGAUAGCAAAACCUCUCCCCGCCGUGCGGCCAUCGAAAAGGCUCAAGCAGAGCUUCGGCAAGAGUUUGAUGUGCGUGAGGAACGGAGAAGGGAACUAGAAUUUCUUGAAAAAGGGGGCAAUCCACUGGACUUCAAACUCGGUCCCGCAACCUCAAUCAGCGUACAGUCUACUUCACUCACAGAUCAGCUUGCUGAGCACUAUGUGAUUAGUGAAGCAAAAGGUAGCUUUGCAUUGACUGCCUCACCUCAUGGAGAUUCUGUCGACAGCAGCGGGAGACCAGGGGCUCCUCUGGGUCGGGAACCAAAUAUUGCUGAUAAUCUUUUACUUUUCGAUGGUGAAAAUGAUACUCUUGAUGGUGAGAGGAAGGGUGUACAUCCCACUAGAAGGGGUAAUAUCGCCUCAUCAGAACAGUCUUCCCAGCUGGAUGGAAGUAAUAAUGCAAAGGAGUCGGAAGACUCGGCAAUAUUCCGCCUUGGGGUGAAAGGCCAAGCAUAUGCUCGAAGAAAUAGAUCCAGGUCAAGUCGUGAUGCAGUUUCAACUGAUUUACAUCCAUCUGGCCAUGGUAAUGGAUCUUCCAUUUUUCCUUCUCGCCACGGUUCAAGGGAUGCAAAGGGUUCAUUAUGUGAAGUGCACAUGGAUAAGGAUCACGCGGUUUCUUCUAUUUGUAACUCGAAAACAACAAGUCCAAAUGGUAAUGUGGUUUCCAAGAUCCUCACAUCUGAUAAUCAAAUGGAUAUGGAGUUGGAUGCUGUUCAGGCUCAUGAUGCAAUGACUGAUGUGCCUAAAGUUCGACAGUCAGAAGACAGGGUAGAUACUGGAAAAACUGAACAUAAUCAACCUGUGUUAGUUGGAGAGAGGGAAGAUGGAGUUUCAGUUAGUCCUGAUCGUGUGUCCUAUGCAGCUAAAGCGAAGACAGAAAAUUUCUCUAGUGUUGUUGGUCAGCUUAAUGGGUUUAGGACUUCAAAUAGAGAUGGCACUGACUUGGAAAAUGAAGGUCAAAAUAAAAGAAAUCACAUUUUUGAUUCUGGGCCUGCAGUUACUACAAAAAAAGGGUUAGAUUCAGAGUUCUCUUGUACCCGGGUUCGUCAUAGCUUAGAUGGAAAUGUUGUCACUGACCAGUGUUCAGUAUUAAGGAAGAUUAGCAGCAGUCCUGAUGGAAGUUCCAAAGAACAGGCUCCAGCUAUUGAAGGGACCUCUUUGGUAAAAGACGCUAACCAGGUUAAAGAAAAUGAGUCCAAAGCUUGUGAGGCGCAUGCUGUUGCUGAUAAUGAUGUUAACCUCAGCAACUCUGGAAUUCAGAUCAAGAUUGAAGAGGAGAUAUGCCAUAGCAGAUCUAAUUUGCAUAGCGAAUCGAAGCCUGCCACCAACACUGAGGGCAUGGAGCUGACAGAUCAUCUUAUUUCAAAAUUGGAAGGAAAUGUGAAUAAUUCAUUAGGUGAUAAAUCCAAUUCGAAAAUUACAGGUUUGUGCACUCAAGGUAGGCCUUUAUGUACUUCUGUUUCCUCCAAUGUGGAGCCUCCAGAGACCACCGUUCCUGCGAAGGGGUCUCCAGCUGCAUCUGAGCUUCAAAACUGUACAGAGAGCUGCUCAAAGCUAGUGGACAAGAUGCAUGAAGAUGCUAUUUUGGAAGAGGCUCAAAUGAUAGAGGCUAGACUUAAGAGGGCUGGCGAGCUAUCCUUUAGUAGUUCCCCUUCAGUGAAACGGCGGAAAUCUCACUGGGAUUUUGUCCUUGAGGAAAUGGCAUGGUUGGCGAAUGAUUAUAUGCAGGAGCGUCUUUGGAAGACAACUGCUGCAACUCAAAUGUCUCACUGGGUUGCUUCUACUGGUCGGUUAAAAUUUGAUGAGGCAAAUCUAUGUCGGAAGCAGAAGAAAGUGGCUCGCAUUUUCGCAAAGGCUAUCCUGCAAUUCUGGCAUUCAAUGGAGGUGCUUCUAAAGAGUAAUGAUUCAGGUGUUCACCUUGAGGAAGAAUGCGAUUCAGCUUUAUUUGGAUUGCGGAAGGCUAAGGUUGGGGCAGCUGUCAAAGACAAGAUUGAAGAACACGUCAAGUCGCUGGGGACUGGCAAAAAUUUGGAGGAGAGAGAUUCUGGACGAAAUCUCCGUUUUCCACUUCAGAGAUAUGCCGUAAGGUUCUUGAAAUAUAACAGCUCCUUGGAUUGUCCUGUUCAAGCUGAAGCACCAACCACCCCGGAGAGGAUAUCCGAUGCCGGCAUUUUGGAAGUGACAUGGGAAGAUCGAUUUUCAGAAGAAAGCCUCUUCUACACUGUCCCCCCUGUCGCGAUGGAAAACUACAGGAGAUCUGUGGAAUCCUUUUGGGCAAAAUAUGAGAAAAUCGGCAAUGCUAGGCGCCAAGAGGAAGUCGAGGCAUCUUUGCAUGAUUCUGCUGCAGAGUUUGGAGCUCGAGAGAAUGCAUAUGAAGACGAUGAAGGAGAAACAGGGGUGUAUGAUUUACAUGGAUCUUUUGAAGGUAGCAAGUCAUCAAAAUUCGCUCAAAGAAAGAGGAAAAACUCACAGAAGUCAUAUGCUACCAGACCAUAUGAAGUAGGGGCUGAUUCGUCUUAUGGGCACUGUGUAGAAAGCAAAAUGGGAAAUCAACCAUCCCUGUUAACAGUAAAAAGGCCUUCCAGUAGCCUAAAUGUCGGUUCCAUUCCAACGAAGCGCGUUCGUACAGCUGCAAGGCAAAGGGUUGCCAGUCCUUUCAGUGCUGGAGUUACUGGGGGCAUGCAACUGCCAAAUAAAACUGAUGCUUCAAGUGGAGAUACUAGUUCUUUCCAGGACGACCAGAGUUCAUUGCAUGGUGGAUCCGAACUCAAGAAAAACUUGGAAGUUGAGUCCACUGGAGACUUUGGAAAGCUGACAACACUUGAUAGCACAGAGAUGUCCACAAAACCCAAAAAGAAGAAGCCUAAGAAUUUGGGUUACAGAAACACAAUGAAUUCAACAGAUUCUCUUGGAUUUGUUAAAGGUUCCACUUUUGAACAACGGUGGCAGCUCGAUUCGGUGGUUCAACAUGAGCAGAAGGAUCUUUCUAAGAAGAGAUUGGAGAGUCAACAGUUCGAUUCCAAUGGCAAUGCCGGUAUGUAUGGCCAACAUGUUGCCAAGAAACCCAAGAUCUUGAAGCAACUUCCGGAUGGUUCCCCAGAAUCCAUUACUCCAGUGAAUGGGUCUAUGCCUUCACCAGUUGCUUCUCAAAUGAGUAAUAUGUCCAACCCAACAAAGCUUAUCAAAAUGAUUGCUAAUCGGGAUCGGGGCAGGAAAUCUAAAGCAUUGAAGAUGCCUGCUGGACAGUCAGGGUCAGCAAGUCCAUGGUCAGUUUUUGAAGACCAGGCACUUGUUGUCCUUGUGCAUGAUAUGGGUCUAAACUGGGAGCUGAUAAGUGAUGCUAUCAACAGUACCCUGCAGUUCAAGUGUAUCUUUCGAAAACCUAAAGAAUGCAAGGAGCGCCACCAUUUUCUGAUGGACAGGAAUGCUGGUGACGGGGCUGAUAGUGCAGAAGAUUCCGGGUCGUCUCAACCUUAUCCUUCCACCUUACCUGGCAUUCCAAAGGGUAGUGCCAGACAGUUGUUUGAACGUUUGCAGGGACCAAUGGAAGAAGAUACUCUAAAGUCUCAUUUUGAGAAAAUCAUUGUCAUUGGGCAGCAGCUGCAUGCCCGCAGGAGUCAGAGUGAUAAUCAGGAAUUGAAACAAAUUGCACCAGUUCACAAUUCUCAUAUUAUCGCUCUUUCCCAAGCAUGCCCGAAUAAUUUGAACGGAGGCCCUCUAACGCCGCUUGAUCUUUGUGAUGCAACUACAUUGAGCCCAGACGUCAUUUCGCGUGGGUAUCAGGGUUCUCAUACUAGUAGCUUAGCAAUUCCAAGCCAUCAGAAUCCUGUGACACCUGUACUGCCUACAUCCGGUGCAAACUCUAUGCUACAAGGAUCUUCUGGUAUGGUCCUAGCCAAUAGCUUACCAUCACCAUCCACUUCGCUGAAUGCACCUGCUAGGGACGUGCAUAGAUAUGGUGUGCAAAGACCGUCAUCUUUGCCCAUGGAUGAACAGCAAAGAAUGCAACAACAGUAUAAUCAAAUGAUUUCGGGUAGAAACAUUCAGCAGCCUGGUUUGCCUGUUUCCGGUGCUUUGCCUGUUUCUGGUGCUUUGCCUGUGCCAACUGAUCGUGGAGUUCGUAUUCUACCCGGUGGAAGUGGAAUGGGCAUGAUGAGCGGGAUGAAUAGAGGCAUGGCGAUUCCUCGGCCUGGGUUUCAGGGAAUUGCUUCAUCAGCUAUGCUGAGCAUGGUUUCAUCUGGUGGGAUGCCAAGCACUGUUAAUUUACACACGGGAGCAGUUUCUGGUCAGGGAAAUUCUAUGUUGAGACCUCGUGAUGCUUUGCAGAUGCUGCGGCCCGGCCAGAAUCCAGAGGAUCAAAGGCAGAUGAUGAUGCAAGAGCUUCAGAUGCAGGUCACUCAAGGGAAUGGCCAGGGUGUCACCCCUUUCAAUGGCUUGAGCACAGCAUUCUCUAAUCAGACGGUUCCUCCACCAGUUCAAUCAUACCCGGUGCAACACCAACAGCCGCAUCAAAUGCCACAGCAGCCACACAUGCUCAACAAUCCCCACCACCCUCAUCUCCAAGGCACCACCAACCCUAACUCCCACCCGCAGGCCUAUGCGAUGCGUAUUGCUAAGGAGAGGCAACGGAUGUUGCAUCAGCAGCACCAGUUCACCACCCCCAGCGCUUCGAUGCCUCAUGCUCAAACACCGUCUCAACACCCCAUGCCCCCACUACAAAACAGUUCUCCGAUCCAGCAACAAGUUUCUGCUCAGCCAGUGUCUCUUCCCCCUCCAAUCUCUCAACACCCCUUAACACCAUCAUCUUCUCCGUUGAAUCCUAUUCCUCAAAGCCAACAAAAGCAGCACCAUGGGCCGCAUGGGCUCAGUCGGAAUCUUCAAGCGGGUGGUAACCUUCCAAAUCAGAUGCUAAAGCAACAACGGCAGCGGCAGCAGCAGCAGCAUCUUCAACAACAGCAGAGGCCUCAUCCACAGCAACGGCAGCAAUCCCAACAGCAGGCCAAGGUCAUGAAGGGAUUAGGCAGAGGGAACAUGAUGCUACACCAGAACCUCCCUGUCGAUGCCUCCCAUGUGAAUAGUAAUGGCCUUCCUCCGGCCCCAGCAAACCAAGUUGCUGAGAAAGGGGAGCAGCAGGUCAUGCACCAUCUGAUGCAGGGUCAGGGCUUAUUUUCUGGCUCAGGUUCGAUUCCUGUUCAACCAGGGAAGCCGUUGAUGCCUCAAAUGUCGAGCCAGGGUCAGCCGCAGCCACAUCAGCAAAAGAUGUUUUCUCGUCCGCCACAACCAUCACCGAAGCAAUUGCAGCAGAUGUCUUCUCAUCUGGAUAACAGCAACCAAGGCCAGGCCCAGGUUCCUCCAAGUCACACAUUAUUGGGUGCGUCCCAACCAUCCAUGCCUUCUUCUUCUUCACUGUCCUUGGCAUCCCAGCAACAGCAGCAGCUGCAGAGGCAGACGAGCCAGUCACAGCAAACUGUUCAGAGAAUGCUUCACCAGAACCGUCAGACAAGCUCAGACUCUACAAUACAAUCGCCUGCUGAUCAAGUCCAAGCAAAUCCGCAGUCGGCAAAUGGCGCGUUUCAGAUGGUCCCUAAUGCGACUCUUACCCAGUGUACAGAUUCGACUAAUGCUGUCCCUCCGAUGUCGUCCUCUGCAUCCGUUGCACCAUCUCAAUGGAAACCGGAGCCAAUGUAUGAUAUGAGUACCACAGCUCCAACCCCUCAGCUGGCUGCCAUGGGAAACACGCCUCAGCCAAAUUCUGUGGGAACCGAACCAAUGUCCUCAUCCAGCCAAGGAUUAGCACAGAGGCAGUUCUCAGGCAGUGGUGUUCCAGUCCAUGGGCACCAUAUGAGUGGGCAAUGGCAGCAACAGCCACAGCCACAACCGCAUCAGCCGCCACACCAACAGCAGCAGCAUCGACAAGCAGGUCAAGGUGGUGUAUAUGCUCGCCCCUCUAGUUCUGGACCAGGUUGAAUCAAAGGUCCAGGUUGAGUGGGAUUCCCAAAGCAGCGGUUCCGGACCAUGCUAGUUGUUUGCAUGCAUUUGUAACAUUAUUGUACAGUUGGAAUCUGGUCGUUUUGGAUUUGGUGGAGCCAUCCGUUCCCACAAGUA